AUGCCUCAAUUUGUCUGUAACCUGGUGGAGAAGGCCCUGGCAUUGGUGAAUGCUGCUAUGACUUAUUCGAAGCCUUGAUUGGCCACACUUUGGUACUAAGCCAAGGUCGAGCUUUUCCUCCAACCCCUGCUGAGAUUCCCUAGAGCUUUUCAGAGGCUGAAAACAAUAGUCCAUAGUGCUCAAACUGGUAGCUUUAAACAUCUCAGACUUAAGGAAGCCGUGCUGAAUGGUUUGGUGGCCACUGAGAUGUGGAUGUUGUUUUAUAGCAGAGAGAUCAUAAGCAAGCGUGGUGUCUUUGGCUAUAAUGUUUGAAGAUCAAUCUUUAACAUCUGAUUAUAUUUGACUUAUUAUUUGAGUGUUUUU